AUGGAUACCCUCGUGGCAAGAUACAGCCGGCCUGCGUCGUACGAGCAGAACGACGCCUUUGAGGAGCACGAUGAGCUGUCGAGCCCCAUGGCCAACCUCUCCGUCAAGUUUGCCAUGCCCCCGGUUGCCCAGCCCUCAUCAUGGCUCCGCGCCGCCACCGAUGAUCGAUCCAACCCCGACUGCCCCAUCAAGAUCGCUCACGGAACCACCACCCUCGCCUUCCGCUUCCAGGGCGGCAUCAUCGUCGCCACCGACUCCCGAGCUACCGCCGGCAACUGGAUUGCCUCGCAGACUGUCAAGAAGGUCAUCGAGAUCAACAGCGUCCUCCUGGGCACCAUGGCCGGUGGCGCUGCCGACUGCCAGUACUGGCUCGCCUGGCUCGGCAUGCAGUGCCGCCUACACGAGCUCCGACACAAGCGCCGCAUCAGCGUCGCCGCCGCCAGCAAGAUCCUCGCCAACCUCGUCUACAGCUACAAGGGCAUGGGCCUGAGCAUGGGCACCAUGUGCGCCGGUGUCACCAAGGAGGAGGGACCGGCCCUCUACUACGUCGACAGCGACGGCACCCGUCUCGCCGGCAACCUCUUCUGUGUUGGUUCCGGUCAGACCUUUGCCUACGGUGUCCUCGAUGCCGAGUACAAGUACGAACUGACUACUGAGGAGGCCCUGGAGCUCGGUAAGCGAAGUAUCUUGGCUGCCACCCACCGAGAUGCCUACUCUGGUGGAUUCAUCAACCUCUACCACGUCAAGGAGGAAGGCUGGGUCAAGCACGGCUUCAACGACACCAACCCUAUCUUCUGGAAGACCAAGCUUGAGAAGGGCGAGUUCACCAACGUGACAAGCUCGCUGGAUUAG